UCGUUCGUCAAACAUGUUAACUAUCAUCUAGCAGUUAAGAAUCGUAAUUUAGAAUUUAGAAGAUUACUCGAAAUGAAACAUAAAAGUAAUGGUUUGGUUCUAGUGGAAGAUGAAAAACAAUGGCCCCAGAUCUUAGCAGUAUUUAUAGCAUGCCUCUCUAUAUUUUCGAAUGGUAUAUUGUAUGCUUGGAGUUCACCGUUCAUCGUAAAAAUUACACAAGACAAAGAUAACUACAAUAUCACCGAAGAUGAAGCUUCAUAUUUUACCUUUAUACCGGCUAUAUCAAUGAUGUUAACAAGUUUCCUUUUUUCGAAAUUGUGCGACGUUAUUGGAAGAAAACGGACACUGCUGUUGUGUGCCAUACCACACAUUAUCACUUGGAUCCUCAAAGCUCUUGCUAAAGACGUGUAUAUGUUUUACAUCGCAAGGUUAUUUUCUGGAAUGGGAGAUGCGUGCGGUUUUUCAGCGCUGCCUAUGUACAUAGGAGAAAUAUGCUCUCCAAAAGUUAGAGGCAGAUGGGGGAACGCUCUGACAUUCUUUUUAUUUCUAGGACAAUUUGUCAUUAAUGUAAUCGGCAACUUCUUUAGUGUAAAAGAGUCGUGUUAUAUUUGUAUCACUAUACCUGUUUGUUUCGUUAUACUAUUCUCUUUUAUGCCAGAAUCCCCAUACUUCUAUAUAAUGAAAGGGCGUUUAGAAGAAGCGAAAGAGUCUCUAAGAAGACUUAGAGGAGAUAAAAAUGUAAAUGAAGAUUUCAUAAAGCUUAAAGCUGAUGUGCAACGACAAAUAUCUGAAUCUGGGACGUGGAAAGAUCUUUUUACAAUCAAUAGUAACAAAAAAGCACUCUUAGCUGGACUAUUCUUAAGAACUUCUCAGCUAUUAGGAGGAAUGUCAGUUUUUACAGUUUACACUCAAUAUAUUUUUGAAAAAGCUGGUGGCAAUUUGAGUUCUGGUGUUUCAUCUAUGAUAUAUAUUGGAUUAUGUGUAGUACUUAAUCUUAUUUGUAUGCACACCGUGGAUAUAUUCGGAAGAAAGAAGUCUUAUUGGGUGUCAUUAAUAUUCUGUUCUUUGGUUCUAUUUUUUGAAGCUAUCUAUUUUAUCAUAGACCAGUUUUAUCCAGAACUAGAUUUGUCUUCUUUAAAUUGGAUGCCUGUUGCCGGAAUGUUUCUGUAUAUAAUUUUUUCUUCAUUUGGCCUGGCUAUCAUUCCCACCUUAAUGCUUGGAGAACUUUUUUCUGCUAGCGUCAAAGGAAAAGGUCUCAAUCUGUUAUCGGUGGCUUUCGCUUUAAGUCAGAUUGCGAUAACUAACGUAUUUUAUUUUCUCAGCAGCAGGGUGGGAUUUUUUAGUCCUUUCCUAUUUUUUGGUAUCUGCACUACCAUUUCCAGUGUUAUAACUGUUUAUAUAGUGCCAGAAACUAAGGGGAAAACUUUAGAAGAAAUACAACAGUUACUAAAGGGAAAUACGUCGAAUAAUAAUAAUGAAACGAAACAGUAAAUUGUUAUUUUCUUCAACUAGAUCAAUUUAUUUUACAAAUUAAUAGAACCUGUACUUUGUUUUAAAAUUAUAUAAAUUUUUUUACAGGGUAGAUAAAAUAAGAAAAAUGUUUCGCAAUUUAGAAUAAUUUUCCUGUUAGGAUUUCUAAUAGGGUUGCAAAUUAUUAAUAAGACAAAGCUUGUCACUGACUUAAUCAAUUUUAUUUAUAAUAUUUUUUUUAAUUAUUGAAAUUUUAUUACAAGAAACACUACUACCUACAUUUGGUAGGUACAUAUUUUGCAUAAAAUACGUAAUGUAAAAAACUAUUAAUUUUUUAAUUUUACUAUUUUUGUAAUAAAUUAUAAUGAUUGACGGGAAAAAGUCUACUACCAUAAAAGUUAAAUAAGGAAUAAAAGAAUAUAAAAAUUGUACGUCAGUGAAGAGAGUAAAUUAAAUAUUUUGAAUUUGUAUUUAAAAGCAAUAUAGAUUUUGUUUUCGACUCCUAGUGCAAUUUAUGAUUUAUAUUAUUAUUUAUUAUUUAUAUAUAAUAUUGUUUUUCUUUUUUUGUUUUAUUGAUUUAAAAAGAAUUAAUGCUUUUACGGUAAUUGUUAUUGUAUAGAUUCACAAUCUUGAUUAAGGCCAAGCUGUACUCGAAUAUAUAGAUUGUCCCAACUAUAACCCGUUUCUGAUUAGUACCACCUCACUAUAGUAGGAUCGUAUUCGAUGCAAAGUUGACCCAAAAAGUUGUCGGUCUUUUAUCAAAGGAAAAUCAUUUUUAGGAGG